UAGAGAUGCUUGUGCAGCUAUCGGUAUUUUCAUUCGAGUUGCAGUUUGGCGGUUAAACGUCUUCUUCUCUUCUCUUCUCUGCAUCCAUCAGAUCCAAAUUUUCUCGCGAUACGAGGGAGCAAUGUCAGAUGCUAAGGUUGAGGAUUUGAAGAAGGAAGAGGAGGUUGGUGAUGAUUCUCCUAGGAACGAAGUUGACAGUGAAAAAUCUGCGGAUGAUCUGAAAGAUUCGGAUAACGAUAAAAGCGAUGGAAACCCCAUGCCCUCAUCCCAGCAGGAGGAAGCAGCUGUUAAGAAAAAGUAUGGAGGGAUGUUACCAAAGAAGCCUCCACUAAUAUCGAAGGAUCAUGAACGUGCUUACUUUGACUCUGCUGAUUGGGCUUUGGGGAAGCAAGGAGCACAAAAGCCUAAAGGACCACUUGAAGCACUCCGCCCAAAGUUGCAGCCAACACAACAGCACGCUCGUUCAAGACGCUCAGCUUAUGCUCCAGCAGAUGAUAAUGAAGUUGAUGGCUGCAACAGUGAUGCAUCAGCAGAGCAUCAGAGUGCUACUGAAGAAGUUGGUGGUGAUAAAAGUGAUACUGCUCAGGACCAAAGCUGCCAUUAGUAGCAAUGGAUUUGACCUAUAAUUUGCAUUUUGACGGUGACUAGAGUUGCUUGUGCUAAAAAAACUAGAAGUUGGAGUUUUGAAGCAGUUGUAACCAUGAAUUAGAUAACUCUUCGCAAGUAUGGGAUUAUAUGACGUGCUAAGAUUGCACUAUGAGACCUUGAUCUCUCAUUCAUUUGCGAAGGCACGAUUGUGGCAUUUGUAACAUUUGACAUCUCAAAAUAUAAUCGUCUACAAUAAGAUUGGGUGUGAAACUUGACAAUAAUCUGUUUGUAAACUAUCAGUAUAUAAUAUUAUGGUCAAGGCAUAUGAGUAACUGAUAAAACAGUCUAGUGAAGUUAUAAUAAAAUCAAGAGUAAACUACAAA